AUGCCUCAGCCAAAUUCCCCCACCCGGGCCCGAGUCGGCUCGCCACCCCUCUCAUCCCCCGACAGCCCUCAAAGCUCCAACCGCACCCUCACCAGAGGCAGCGCCAGAACGUACAUACCCGAAGACAGCCCCUCGACUUCAGAGGCGUACCUCACCGCAUCAUCUCAUAUAGACCUCACUGCAUCAUCUGCAUCAUCUCAGAGAGAAGGUGCAGGAUCUCCCUUGAGGACACGAACGACGGGGACGACAACGGCGGCGCACCCGACUGGUUCAGGUUUCCAUAUCUGGCACAAGCCUGCCGUCGACCGUCCUAGGAUGUCGACAUCAUCUUCGGAUGAAUCUAUCAAAGUCAAUCCAUUUGCAUUCCCCCACCAAGUCUACCAACAACCACCCCCUGCCCCCGUCUUCCAGCAGAUCACAAAAACGAGGCCCUCCCAAGCUACUUUCCGAAAAACCUUCACCCGCAUUCUCGGCCGUCUCGCCGUCCCCCACAGUAUCUCUAUCUCGUUUCGCCCCCCCGAAGAAUUCGAGCAGUACGUCCAAGACGUCAUGGGCAACUUUCUCCAUACUUUUGACGACUAUACGACUCAGGAAGCGCAGGAGGGUAUCGCCUUGAUGGCUGGACAGCUUGAAGCUUGGCAAGGUGUGUUGGCAACGCCUGCACCGUAUUUGAUGAGUUAUAUGAAGGGUGAGGAGGGGGAGAGGAAGGAAGGGGAGAGACAUGAGCCGCUGGCGGGGUUGAUUGAGAAGAGCUGGAUGGAGUUGGAUGGGUUUGUGCUGGUUGAGGGAUAUCCUCGUGAAGUGCCGAGGCCUUUUUAUUGA